AUUUGUUCUGAUCAGGUUUUCCAAGUUUGAGAGAUCAUGGCCUUAUUUUUUCAUCAGUUAAUGCUCCUGGUGUUCUUAAGUACUAAAUAUCCUCACGUUUCAUGCGCGUCGCUAGGUUGCUUUAUGAAUCCUGUUGGUGUUGCUAAUCCCAGGAUAAUCCCUGAUAAUCGGAUAACAUCAUCUUCCAGUCACCACGGUCUGUACCAGGCGGCCCAUGGUCGUCUCUACAGUCACAGAGGCGGUGCUUGGUGUUCGCGUAAGACUGAAAGUGACAGUGAAUGGCUUCAAGUUGACAUCGGAGAAAUAAUUCAAGCAUGCGGGGUCGCUAUCCAAGGAAAAAGAACACGUCACCAAAGGGUUAAAGCUUUCACACUGUCUUAUUCCUUAGAUGAAUCAAUCUGGGAAACCUACCGGGAUGAAAGUGGUGAAGAAAUGGAAUUUCAGAGUUUUGGUUACGAUUUUGCAAUCGACCAGCACAAGUUACCACUACCAGUGUAUGCAAGAUACUUUCGAUUUUAUCCAAUCCAGCGUCAUGGAAACUGCCUUAGGGUUGAGAUUUUCAAAGAAAAAUUUCCAGGAUGUCAGUACAUCGACGUAGGACUAGGCAAUGGAUACACCCUAGAUAGAGAUUUCAGUUCGUCCUCUGUACUAAACACAAACACACCUGCUAAGAAUGGUCGAUUGAACUACAAUAAAGGAUCAUCAUGGUGUGCCGCAACAAAUGAUAGUCAGCCAUAUCUACAGGUUGACUUUGAAAAGCUUUAUAUCAUCUGUGCUGUGUCAACUCAGGGGAACUCCCAAGGGGACGAGUGGGUAAGGAAGUACACACUUCAAUCAUCUAGGGAUGGAACAAAUUGGACAGACUAUCAAGAGGCGGGAAUAUUGAAGGUAUUCUCAGGAAAUUUCAACCGAAAGGAAACAGUAAAACAAAUUUUAUGCAGUGAGCUUGUUGCUAAGCGUUUACGUUUCAUUCCUCAAGAACACUACGGAAACUGUUGUAUGAGGGUUGAAAUAUAUGGAAUACCACUGGCAGCAGAUAAUCUUGCCUUAGAAAAGCCAGCCUUUCAGUCAAGUAUUUUUUUGAUUGCUAUGGAUGUUAAUUAUGCAAGAAGAGCAGUGGACGGAGUAAAGAAUACAAACAGAAACUAUUGUGCAAACACAGGAGGAAUGGAUCCUGUUCCGUUUUGGGGCGUCGACUUUGAACAAGUGCUGCCUGUUUCAGAGGUUUUCAUUCUUAAUAGUGGAGACUGUUGUGGCGAACGUUUAAACAGUGCCGAGAUAAUGGAAAUGAAACUAGAGAUAGAGGAUUAA